CGGCGCUUGCCCAUCUCGCGCCUCAGUCAGUCAGUGGCAGCCCCGGAGGACCGUUGCCGGCGUUCCGCAGCACAAGCAGAGCAUUUGCACGUGUGGCGCGUCGUCGUCGCGACGCCCAGUGAGAGAGAGUGCCGGCGCGAGUGCAGAUGGUGCGGUGCGGCGGAUAGUGGUGCCAUGUAGGUGUGAGCGAGCGUGUGAUGCCGCUGUGCCGUGGCCGCGAGUGAACCAUGCCACACGUCUCGUCCAGUGGCGGCGAUGAUCUCGGCAGCACCGAUGAGGUUAAGGUGUUUAAGGACGAGGGCGACGGGGAGGACGAGAAGAGGUCCUCGGAGAACCUCACCGAGGAGAAGAGCAGCCUUAUCGACCUCACCGAGUCGGAGGAAAAGUCUGGUGGCAGUUACUCUUCCAAUAAAAAUGUCUCCCGAGCGGACCACAGCCCCGUCUUCGGCAAGGUGGAGCCCGUGCCCCACACCUCUUCGUUCAACAUGGGAUAUCUGGUGUCCCCCUACAGCUACCCCAACGGAGCGGCUGGCCCCAUACCCGUGUCAAUGGCCAGUAAGAUGGGACUGGCGCCAACGGGGCACCCGGGCGCCGCCUUGCCCUUCUUCUGCCACAACGGAGACCCCCUGUCGCAGCCGCCGCCGGCGCACAUGGGAAUCCCCCCCUACCAGUUGGAUAGUAAAACUGCGGGUUCCAUGGGUGAGUACGGGGGUGGUUCAGCACCACCACAACCCAUCAGCCCCGCCGACUGGAGACGUCUCGGUCCGUUGCUCGCCGCAGGACUCACGAGGCCCCCGAUGUACCCUUUCCCCGCUGGCCAGUACCCUUACCCCAUUCUCAGUCCUGAAAUGUCACAGGUGGCGGCUUCAUGGCACACGCCAAGCAUGUACCCGCUGUCGCCGGGAGCCGGCUUCAGGAGUCCGUAUCCCAGUGCCCUUCCGAUCUCGACGAGCAGCCUGCCUAGCGAUUUCUAUAGGUUCUCACCCACGGGGCUGAUCCCACCGCACCCGGGACUGUCUCCUCACCCGCCUCAUCUUUCGUCUCAUCCGGCCAUCGUGACGCCUGGACCGAAACAGGAGUUACCCGACUUGAACCACAGGUCACAAGUCGACCACAAGAACAACCUGGGAGACUCGAAGAACAACCAGGAUGGCAAUAACGGAGAAAAGAAGAAGCCCCACAUUAAGAAACCCCUGAAUGCCUUCAUGUUAUACAUGAAGGAGAUGCGAGCCAAGGUCGUGGCGGAGUGCACGCUGAAGGAGAGCGCCGCUAUCAAUCAAAUACUAGGACGAAGGUGGCACUCUCUGAGCCGCGAGGAGCAGGCCAAGUAUUACGAGAAGGCGCGCCAGGAGCGCCAACUGCACAUGCAGCUGUACCCGGGCUGGAGCGCGCGGGACAAUUACGGCUACGGCACCAAGAAGAAGAAGCGAAAGAAAGAACGCACACCAGUCGAGUCGGGAGGUAACAGCAUGAAGAAGUGCCGAGCAAGGUACGGAUUGGACCAACAGAACCAGUGGUGUAAGCCAUGCAGACGUAAAAAGAAGUGCAUCCGGUACAUGGAGGCCGGCGACGGCAACGACGGCAACCAAUCCGACGACAAUCUAGGCAGCUGCGGCAGCAUGGGCGACGCUCACACGCCGCCCGAAGACGACGCCGAGAGCCUCAACCAGUCCAUCUCGAGCCCCGGCGCGCUGUCGGGCCUCAGCAGCCUCACGAGCCCCGGCGGCAUGGUGCUGCCCAGCCCGUCCACCAGCGUCGCGAGUCCCUCGGUCAGCGUCGCCAGCCCCUACAUGCUCCAGAGCCCGCUGACGCCGCACGAGGCCUUCGACGUCAAGCUGCCGCCCCCGCACCCUCACCAGCCGCCCCGCAACCCGGUCGGGACGAACCCCCACGACAUUAACAAUCCGCUCAGUGUGAACCAGUUGACCGGGCAGUGCGUGAGGAACGACUCUUCGGACACGAGUGGGAAAGAGACGACACGCUCAAUUAUUAGUGUUACGUAGCCCAGCUGGAAGUGACAAGGGCGAAGGACUGUGUUCAGUGCAGUGCGUGAUCUCAAUUUUUUUUAGUUUGCUCUUUUGUUGACUUUAGUACUGCACUCUGGAUUUUAUACUAUGUAACAUAAAUGUCAUUUGCCAAAAUCACCUCUAUAUAUUAUAAAUAUCCAUUUAUAUUUUGUAGUUAUUUAUAGUGGGGUUUGGAUGUUGGAGGAAGGAGUACUUAAUCGGCAGGAGAUCACGCGAGAUGGGCUUUCUUCUCGCGUCGACGCGGUUUUUAUCCUCUUACACACAUAUUUUAUCAUUAUGUAGAAGUUAUUUUCAGUUUUUUUGUUUUUAUUAUUAUUAUUUUUAUUAUUUUAGUUAUUGAUGAGAAUGUCAGUUUAUUUAUAGAGUACCUGUCAUGAGACCUUUUAGUGUUAAAGAAAAUUAUAUAGUGAAGAAGCGAUUGUUCUUCAACUAUGUAAACCUAGCGUUUUUCUCAGUCAUGUGUACUGUCAAUUACAUUAAGGUUAACCUCAAAAUGUCGUUGCUAACCUAAUUACUGUCUUUUAUUAAAGUAUUUGUUCAGUUUUAUUCAUAGAAAACCUGUCUUAAGAUAAAUGCAUUAUCUAAAGCUCUGACUGAACAGAUAAGCUUUUGGUGUCAAAUCAGAUGUCAAGCUUAACCUUAUGUUGCGCAGUUAGUCACUGAAGAUCAAGACGCCACUGUUUUCACGUAACAUUAACCACAACGUCCUAACCUAAUGGUUGUAUUUGACAUUUUUAAAUAUAUAUUUUUUGUAUUUGUGUUUUAUGCUGUAGAAUAAUCAUCGUUUUUAUCUGCUAUAAUAUUUACCUUUUUAAAAAUGAACAGAUAUGAAAAGAUCUGGAUCAUUAUUUAAAAAACUGUUAACUAAGUAGGCUGCGCUUAGUAUCUUAGUGCUUAAAUUAAUAUAAUAAUGUGACAUAUCCAUAAACGUCACAUUCUUCAGUUAAAGAACUGAAGAAUGUUACGUCUAUUUUUAUAUUUAAAGUAAAAUCCUAGAAACAACUGGAAUCACGUCUUACAGAUUAUAGAAAUCAAAUCAAAUUUUCUUAUAGUUGAUGUAAUAAUUAUAACUUUGACAAGUGACAUUACAAGAUGAACUAAGAAACACCACGUUACAAUUUUAUCAUAUAAUUAACCUCGUUAUACACUAUGAAAAUUAAGGAAAAGUCUUUCAAAUACCAAACAUUCUCUUUGAAUUCAACAACUUCUCAAGUGUUCAAAAAUAGUCGUUUCUAAUUUUGACAAGUGAUAUCACCAGAUGAACUAAAAGCGGCGUAGUUACAAUUUUGACUUGUCAAAUGUGACAUUUAGUGAAAUUAUUUAAAUCCUAACCAAAAAACAUGUACUUUGAAGGUGUGCUAGUAAAGUUUGAGUGGUAAAAUCUAAGUCUGUAGAGGUGUGAUUCCAAUGAAAAAUUUAAAUACAGAGGUCACAACUGUGACGCAUUUCGCUUUUGACAAUUAGGUGAUUAGUGACGUCCUGUGUCUAGACUCUGUACUAAAUUAUCAAGUUUUUCCAAAACUAACAUAAAUGUGGAAGUUUAAAUUGACUGCGACGUGACGCUGUUGUAAGAAAGUGUUAUAGCAGAUAAAAAAGUGAUGAAGGAGGCGUUUGGACGAACGCGACGUUUGUCGUCUUCUAGCUUCAGGUUUUUAUAUCACUUGUCAAAAAUUACAAUAUUGCUAGAUUUCCGUUUUACUGUCAGUUUCAUUGUGUCGAAUGUCAUGUGUUUGUUGUAGAAGAGUUGCGUUUCUACGCAGCGGUAACUUGAGAUAUCGUCGCCAUUUUUCAGUUUGUUUUUACCUCAUCAUGUGUUUGGAAAAAUUCCAAGUAAUUCUCUCAGUACUUAUAUUUCAUCGGGACGGUUCAAUUUUUCUUGUUGCAAUAGCGCAUUUGAAGAAUCCUCCAACAUCCAAGCGUUAAUUUAGAUAGUUUAAAUUUAUGUUCCUUGUGCCACAAAGUUUUGAAGCUGCUCUUUUGUUUGUAUUUCUUGCGGCGUGUCGUUGGAGAUAGAGACAAGGAGAGUAGCGCGACGAAACCCAUAACCGUUUUUGAUAUGUUUAAAAUUACCAUAUGAAAGAAAAACAAAUGAUUAAGUUGUAUAUUGCUACAAAUGUAAUUACUUUGUACAUAAAAAUGUUUAUAAAAGUUUAUCUUGUAAAAUUGAUUUGAACGUUCUAUAUUUUAUUUGUUAAAUUGUGGCGAGCCAUAUCAUUUUAAGAUUUCCAAACGACGACAAUUCUUUCGAGCUUGCGUUGCAAUUAGAAAUUACGUUAUCGAAACGGCCAUAUGAUAAAGACACAAUUUCCUCAGUCAUGUAAAUAGUUUUGACACAAAACUAGAGAGACGCGUGCUAUUCAGAAUCAAAGCAGGGAAAUUAUUAGGCGUUCGUGUUCAAUACUUUAUUUACUAUAAUAAAAAAGAAACAUGUGAUAUUUUAUACUAUUUAAUAUAAAUAUAUUAUGUUUGGCUUCCCUCAGGAUUUUGCAUUUACUGACUUUCAUUUGGCAGUGCUGUGAUUCGAUAUCACAACAUUGGACAAGACGGCCGUUUUGGUCCGCGCCCGGAGAGAUUAAUUUAUGUGCCAUAUUCGCCUGGACCAAGACGGCCGUUUCCGAGCUCGUGACUGUUUAGGUUAAAACGGAUACAUUUAAGUUUUGGAUAAGUGCAAUGUAAAUGUCUAAUAGUUAACUUGAAACUGAUAAGAAACGUCUUUUGUGUGCGGCCGUGCGCUUCGCGCCCUUGUUAAGUUGUUUUGGGUUCGGUCGGCGCGAGCCGGACGGCCGGUGGCGCCCCCCUCGGGCGUUGUGAACGCCCCAGGCCGGCACCCCAACAUAGAGUAAAUGAAUAUACAUAUAUAAAUAAACUAGAAUAUGUAGGUGUUAAUCGUCUUUGUAAGUAGCAUCUGUUCGUAACACCGUCUAGGCUAAUAAUCAUUCAAUACAAAACCUCAAUAUGA